GUUCUUGUGUCCUUGAUAAUUCCAGGCGGGGGCAAAAGGCGUGCAGCGGCAGCGCCUUCAGAAUUGAAAUUUUGAAUCCUCGAACCACGAACCCUCCUUCUCCCCCUCUUUGAAUUUCCCUUUCCUUCUGUCCCUACCGCCGCCCAGCAGCUCGCAGGGUCGGGAUGGGGUGCGUGUCGUCGACGUUCCUGGAGGACGACGAGCGCCGGAUCAUCGGCGUCUCCGCCUCGUCUGCCUCCCAUGUUGUGUCCCUCACCUCCUCCACCUACGGCAUCCUCGCCACCCUCGCCGCCGCCGACCCUAAAUCCCCUUCUCGUCCAGUUCAUACAACUCCUCCUCCUCCUCCCCCGCCGCCGCCUCCUCCGCUCUCCUGCAGAUCCAGACCAGCACCACCCCCGGAGGCGCAAGCGGACUCGGAUGAGGCGGAGGUCAUCAACUCGUGGGAGCUCAUGGCCGGCCUCCUCGAUCCUUCCACCCCGGCCAAGAGCAAGUCCAGCUCCCCCCGCGUCACCCCCAACUCCGGCUGCUGCUCCAGGGACGACAGGGAGAAAGCCCGCCCGCCCCGCUGCAUCCGCUUCCCGCUCCGCCCCAUCGACGGCAACAGCAACAACACAUCCUCCGCCGCCGCUCGCCUUCCUCGCCCGCCGCCUGUAGCGGCGGCGGCGGCGGCGGAGCGGUGCCCGCCGGGAGGCGCGCACUGCGCGGUGCUGUACACGACGACGCUGCGCGGGGUGCGGGCAACCUUCGAGGCCUGCAACGCCGUGCGCGCCGCACUGCACUCCCACGGCGUCGCCUUCCGGGAGCGGGACGUCUCCAUGGACCGCGGCUUCCGGGACGAGCUCAGGGCGCUCCUCCUCUCCCUCCCCACCGCGCGCGGCCAGGGCCAGGCGGCGGCGGCGGCGGUGCCUCGGCUGUUCGUGCGCGGGCGGCACGUGGGCGGCGCGGAGGAGGUGGCGCGGCUGGACGAGGAAGGCGCGCUGGCGCCGCUGCUGGAGGGCCUCCCCCGCGCGCGGCCCGGCGGGUGGUGCUGCGACGGGUGCGGCGGGAUGAGGUUCCUGCCAUGCUUCGAGUGCUCCGGCAGCCGCAAGGUGGUCGUCGUGUCCGGCGCCGGUGGCGUGGACGGGAAGAGGAACGGGCGCGGAGGCAGCAGGGGCGUCGUGCUCCGCUGCGGCGAGUGCAACGAGAACGGCCUCGUGCUCUGCCCCAUCUGCUCCUGAUCAAACCUCCAAAAAAUUCCAGCUUCCCCAGUUUACAUGAGGCGAGGUCUAUCACCAAGAAAUUUCUGCCAGAUGCUGGCUGUGAUAGAAACUGUGCUGGGUGCCUGGGUCGAGUAAUCAUCGUUUUGAACAUUGCAUGCGUGAAAUGUUCCCUGGAAUGUUGAAUGGAAUUGGCAGCGCUCCUGCCUUUGUUUCUUGUAUUGAAAAAAAAAUGUUGGAUGGAAUGAGAUGCUGUUUAGCUCCUACUCCUACUUGCCUUCAUUAACGAAGCAAAUGCAACAACGAGAAUGGAAGUGGAACUUGCACCUAUUCAA